GUUUUAUUACAAAAAAAAAAAUAAAUAUAUACACAUAUCCAGACGUGUUGUCCAGCCGCCGUUCGCCAUGACAUCGACGCUGUACAAUAAGAUUGGGCUUAUACCCAAACAAAAACCGAUUAGAGUAAUGAUAAUGGGACAGCCCGGCGUGGGGAAAACUGCGCUAUUAGUAAGGUUCGUGACGAAAAAGUUCAUCGGUGACUACGACCCCAAUCUAGAAAAAGUGUACACGUACCAAGUGUGCAUGGAAUCGGAAACGGUCAACUUUGAAAUAUUAGACACCGCUGGAUACGUACAAGACAAAUCGUGCAACUUGGAAAUGAACAUGCGUUGGGCCGACGUGUUCAUAUUGGUAUACUCCAUUACGGACAAAUGUUCGUUCGACGAUUGCAGUAGGCUCAAGUUUUUGAUUAACUACAACAAAAAGAAACGACGUCUCUCCACUAAAGAUCAUCCAUUUGACGUGCCAGUGAUACUAGUCGGCAACAAAGUGGACCAACAGUAUGAUAGGAUGGUAACGUAUGCUGAAGGUCGGAAACGUUGCCAGGAACUUGGGUGCGUGGCUUUUCAUGAAAUUUCAGUGCGGGAAGAUGUCGAUCAGGCAUAUGCGGUAUUUAAAGAAGCGUUCACAUGCUGGAAGUCAAUGUCUAAAAAUCCAAAACUAAAACGUUCUUCUUCUGAUCACGGUGCAGAAGCACUCUUCAAUUCGGCUUCUAGAUUUAUAAGUUGGCCGCUAGUGUUCGGCGAUAGCGCGUGCAGUUCGUCAAAUAGGACAGAAGACACUCCGGAGUUCCGGGCCAGGGCUUCGACGGAGGGACACAUCCGGUCAAACGCGACGGGUUACCGGUACCGGCCCACGCUGUCGGCAAGAGGAAGUAUUUGCUGCUACUUGAAGAAAUGAGAGUCAACACCGUCGCGUAAGACAACACGCACGUAAUACUACAACGUAUUUUAUAUUAAGCUAUAGGUAUUAUACAUAUAUAUAUAUAUCGCGAAUUCGCGAGUGGCAUCGAUAAUAUUGUCCUGAUGUACAAUAAAAUAUAUAUUAUGAUAUAUGA